GCUUUUUCGAAAAUGUCUGGACAUAAGCUAUAUUCAUUUUCCUUGUCGCUUUGAUUCUUAUCAUCUUCAAAUAUUCUCGCUCCGAGGACUGUUAACCUGGGAACACAGUUCACAGGAAGAUGCCGGAAUGUGCGUUGCGGUAGACCGGGAUAACGCUACAAUUCACGAUCCUCUCCGACCCUAACAGGGUUUUUAUAUUAAAAUACGACGACCCACGUGCUUCUCGUCUAUUUAAACAAUUCUAGCGUCGCCCACAGGUUUAAUAUAUUAAUGAACUAGGAGCUAGACGACAGUCCAGAAGUUUCCACUCACCUGAUUUCCCCUAAGCACUGUACUAGUGUGUUGAUAUAGACGCUGCGCAUUGAAACCGUUGAGUUGUUGGAGCCAUAGCAACAUAGCGAGCGUUGAACCGAAAUUCCCAGAUGGCUGUUAACGUUUUCUCAACAUCUCUGAACAACGAUAACAUGAGUCGACAUGAACUGCUGUCUUGGGUCAACGUGUCUUUACAGAUGAACUACUCGAAGAUUGAGCAUUUGUGUUCAGGUGCAGCUUAUUGCCAAUUCAUGGAUGUGCUGUUCGCUGGAUGCCUCCCCCUAAAAAGGGUGAAAUUCAACGCCAAACUGGAACACGAAUACUUACAGAAUUUUAAAAUUCUACAAAACAGUUUUAAAAAGGCUGGAGUUGACAAGAUAAUUCCUGUAGACAGACUGAUUAAAGGAAAAUUCCAGGAAAACUUUGAGUUUGUUCAGUGGUUCAAGAAGUUUUUUGAAGCAAACUAUGAUCAGAGGGAUUAUGACCCAGUGGCGGCACGUCACGGACAGGAGACAUCUGCGUUUACCUCAGCAUCCAAUACUCCUGCUAAAGCCAAGGCCACAGCUCCAGCCACAAGGGCAGCCCCUGCCAAAGCGCUGCAGACUGUUCCCUCAAAGAAAUCUGGAGCAGGAGAUGCGAUUGGAGCACUUACUAACGAAGUUAGUGAGCUAACAUUACACAAGACUACAGCCGAGAAAGAAUUAAACUUUUACCUUGGAAAGCUGAGGACUAUUGAGCUCAUCUGCCAAGAUAGGGAGACGGAAGGAGGAGCAGACCCUACUCUACAGAGGAUUCUGGAAAUACUUUAUGCAACAGAUGACGGCUAUGUCAUGACGGAGGGUGAAAAUGGAGACGGGGGGCAAGAGGAGUUCUGAUUGGAAAACGGGGAGUCUAAUUUUUGAUCAAAAACAUUUUUAACAUGCACUUUGCCUUAUUUUGUCAACAGGUUACUUUAUAAAUGCAUCGGAAAUCACCUUUGACCCAUUACAGUAAUGAUCUCAAGCAACACAUGAUUUGUUUCUUAUUUUCUUGUAUGACGGGCAGUGGAUUCUGCUUUGUAUUGGGGCUGCUCGACUAUGUCAAAUGAUAAUCACGAUUAUUUAAAAUGAUAUCGUAAUCACGAUUAUUAAAGACGAUUAUUCAUUGAGAACAAGCAUUUAUUGAACUUUUAACACUGGUAUUUCUCUUAACACGAUACGUGUGAACUGAAACAAGAAAAAUGCAAAUAAAGAGAAAUAUAUUAAAGUGAAUUAAAUAAUGUGUAAAAAUAUACACAAAAAUAAACACUAUCCAAGACUUGAAGUACUAUACAUUAAAACAGAAUUACUCCUCUUUACUCUUUAAAAAAACAACUCAAACUAUGGUGUAAUGCACUUGCUACAACAACCUUACCUAGUACUGCAAAAAACACAGUAGAAAUCCGUAUCUCAAUGAUAAAACUGUUAACACGUUGAAACUAUAUUUUGAGGCCUUUUGGCCAAAAUGAGUAUUAACAAGAAUAAACUGACUGACGCAGCGACAAGAAAAAUCCGCUGCCAAAACUUAUUUUAAACCUUUGCAACCCCUAAAGGUUUUUAGCCAGGAAAACCAUUCUGUUCACCUGGUCUGGUUGCAGGGAUGAGCGCAGGCAGGUGACUACAUUACCACCUGUACUGAAAACCCUCUCUGACGAGGCUCUUGUGGCUGAAAUGCAAAGAUAUUUCCCUGCCUGGUUGGAGAGCCCUGGGUAGAAAUUCUGGGACAUCUUCCACCACUCCAGAGGGUCCGCCUCAGUGUCCAGUGUCCCUGCUUGGAGGU